ACGCGCCGGCCACGGCUGAUGACGUCUGAGCCCGCGCUCUCAGUGUCAGCUUCCCGGGAAGGGAAUUCAAGACAAGAGCAGGACCCCGGGUGUCGGAAAUCGGGGUGCAGCCAGGCGGAGCUGGGUCGGGCACCCAGGUAAUAAUUUCAAGAUGCCAGGGCGUUCCAGUUCAUAUUCAGGUUCAGCUGGUUUUAUAUCCUUCAGCGGUGUAGAAUCUGCUCUCUCCUCCUUAAAAAGCUUCCAAUCCUGCAUCAGCUCUGGAAUGGACACAGCUUCUAGCGUUGCUUUGGAUCUUGUGGAAACUCAGACUGAAGUGAGUAGUGAAUACAGUAUGGACAAAGCAAUGGUUGAAUUUGCUAUGAUGGAUCGGGAACUGAACCAUUAUGUAAAGGCUGUGCAGUAUGCGAUGAAUCAUGUAAAAGAAGAGCGUCCAGAAAAAAUACCAGACCUAAAACUAUUAGUGGAACAGAAGUUUUUGGCUUUACAGAAUAAGAAUUCUGAUGCAGACUUUGAAAAUAAUGAAAAAUUUGUACAGUUUAAACAACAGCUGAAAGAACUAAAGAAGCAAUCAGGGAACCCUAAAGAAGAUGGAAGACACAGUGAGCUCGACCCGAUUAAGGAUAAGGAUGCGAGUAGAGCAGGCAAUGAACGAGAUGGUCUACAAGCAGACAGAGAGGCUGAUGGAACAGAAGGAGUUGAUGAAGACAUGAUUGUGACCCAAAGUCAGACCAACUUCAUCUGCCCCAUUACGCAGUUGGAAAUGAAGAAGCCAGUGAAAAAUAAAGUGUGUGGCCACACCUACGAAGAGGAAGCCAUUGUUCGCAUGAUUGAGUCCAAGCACAAACGGAAGAAAAAGGCCUGCUGCCCAAAGAUCGGCUGCAGCCACACCAACGUGAGAAUGUCCGAUCUCAUCCAGGAUGAAGCCCUCAGGAGGGCGAUUGAGAGCCACAACAAGAGGAAGCACCAUCCCUCCGAGUAGGACAAAGCCGCCUGCCCGCGGGGGGCCUGCGCAGCCUACCUCCUGCCCCGGCCGCCUGGCCUGCCGAGAGCGGUGCUUCUCCGAGCACGGACGGGCUGCCCAGCUUACUUUGUGUGGGGUAAAACUUGAAGGUCUUAAGUGUAAUUGAAAGCAUGUUUUUCUAUGUUCCAAUAAAAAUUCAAGGAAAUUAUAUUGUUUAUUUUUAGGUAUUCCGUAAUUUUAAAUAAAAGUUUGAUUAUCUACAGUGUGUUCAGUCUGUGCCCCUCCCAAGGUGUAAACCCUUCCAAUGGUGCAGGCGAGGUGGCACCAGGCCUUUCUGUUUCUAAUACUUCAGACUGGUUUAUUAUUAUUAUUAUUAUUAUUAUUAUUAUUAUUAUUAUUAUAGUUUUAACUAAAUAUGAUGCCUUUCAAGGGAUAUGUGACAUGGAAACACAUGGAAGCACCAAAUUGAAGGAUUUCCUGUCAGUAUAGAAAGGACGAGCAUGAGGUCAUCAAGCAACACUAGCUCGCUUACCUACAUGCACUUGGUCUAUCGGCCAUGCCACAUGUAUAGACACUUUGCUCUGUCAUUCGGACAGGCACAGAAUUCCCCGGCCGCAUACUGUGGUAGUCGAUACCGUGACAGCUGACGCCCAUAGUGGAAACUUUGCUGCAGCCCCCAGAGCCUGUGUCAUCCGCGGGAAGCCACCCUGUUCGCCACCUUGCGUGGUGGCUCUCUGCAAGUGGCGUCAUCGCCCUUGGCCUUGGGUCUUCAGCCCUGAAAGAAAGCUGUUGAUCCUGAUGUUCUUAAAUGCCCCGUUAGCCCCGAAAGUCUGUGGUCUUAAGACCAGCAGGGUCUUUAAAUUGAAUAUCCUUGAUUAUAUUCUAAUUGUGUAAAGAGUGCUAAUCUAUUAAUAGUCUCUAUAGCAACCUUUUAUCAGCUAGAAUAUUUAAUGAAACCAGAUGAAGCAUAUCCUGACUACAUUAGGAAACCAAGAAUAGCUAAUAAUGGCUAACAUUUAUUGAGCCCUUACUGUAUACCAGGUGUUAUUCCAAAUGCUUUACAUAUAUAUUAACUCCUGUUAUCGUAAUAGCCCGAUAAGAGAGUUACUGUUAUUAUUCCAUUUUACAGAUAAGUAAAACGAGACACAGAUGUGAAGGAACCCAUGGAAAUUAAUAGAGCUAGAGAGAAGCAGAGCUGGGACGGGCAGUUAGGUUGUCUGGUGUCAGCGUCUCGAUUCUUAACCCCACGCUCUCCUCCUCCCUGUUGAUUUCUUUAGAAUCUAAGAAUAUACUCAAAGUCCACAUUUAAAAUCUGAGCCUUUUGUAAAUACACGUGUAUUGUGUGUGUGUGUGUGUGUGUGUGUGUGUGUGUGCGCGCGCAAAAAAAGUUCAUUAAAAUGCAGGGAACAACUGGAUAUGACAUCUAAGAGGCAGCAAUGCCCAUGAGGUAAUAACAUAUAUUUGGGUUUAAAAGCAUUGUUUUAAAACAGCAGAAUUAAUUUUUAAGACAUUUUCAUGGAAUUCAGGAAGUAGUAUGCCAUUCCGUUGCUACAAACUAAGUGAUUUUGAAUCUCUUAAGAUGCUUUAUCUGAAUCAGACUUCCUGAGGAAAUGAUUAUGUUUAAGCCAGAACAAACAUACUUUUCAUGGAAUGUGCUUCUUUUGUGAAAUACUUUGUUUCCU